CCCAAAUUUCCCUUUUCAAUUCCACUCCGACACUUAUUUCUCGUCCCUCUCUCUGCAUCUAUCUAUGUCUCCAUGCUCGCCUGAACCUCCAAUCCUAAGCCUCCGCCGCGGCCACCACCACUCGCUUCUGCGGUGACCGAUUCGCUUUUAUUUAUUCGGGGAGAUUGCUUCAGAUUUUCAGGUUGGAAGUUGAUUUCUUGUAAUUGUUGAUAUCAGAAAAUGGUUUCAUGUUCAAAUGGUAGCUUGUCUGAUGAGGUCUCGAAUAAGCGGCCUUUGGAGAAUGGUUGUGUGCCUAAAUAUAAGCCCAGGAAAGUAUCUUCUGUCCGCGAUUUCCCCCCUCGGAGUGGCCCCAAUGCAGUGCCAGUGAAUUUGCGACCAGAAGAAUCUGUUUGUAGUAACGCGGCUGGGAGUAGAGAUGAUCCAGGUGUUGUGAAUUUGGAACUGCCCAACACUAUGUUGGAGUGUCAAUCACGUGAAGAAGUCAGUUCACCAACUUCCUCGACUCCCCGGCACUGUGCAGGUGUAAAUGGUAGCAUAGACGUAUCAAUGACUGAGACAUUUGAUACAUUAAUUGAGAAGGCAGAGGAGAAUAUAGCUGCCUCCAUGAAACUGGUCGAGGAAAUUGGAUCUGUUGGAACUAAGAUACCCGAUGAUGAUGAGUCGCACAGACAGCAAGCAGUAUGUAAUCCUGUUGAAAUAGAGAGAGAUGAACAAUUGGGUACAUAUGUGGGAAAUGUGGAAACAACAGUAAUAAAUGGUCUCAUGGACGAAGCUCAGGAAGUUAUGCCAGAAUCAGAUCUUGUUGGAGUCAACAUUGUGAAAGACAUAGAUACUCUUGAUCAGUCUGGAGGUCGGUCACUGUUGGAAGAGUUAAAGGAGGAUAUUGGUGAAACGUCCUUUCAGAAUUCUGGUAUUGAGGUUGCUAAGUCCCUGGGUGAUCCUCUGGAAUUUUCUGCCAUUUGUGGCAGUAUUCAGCCAGGGCCUUCCAUUAGGCCAAGAGAUAAAUACCGUCCCAGAAGAGUAUCUGCUGUUCGUGAUUUCCCUCCACGUUGUGGCAUAAAUGUUUCUUUAUUGAUUGAGAAAGAAAAGGGGAUGGCUGGCCUAGGAAAGGAUAGUCUGAACAGAACCGAGGAAGCUGAAUUGACGCCAAAACCAAUUAUGUCGACGGAUGCCUCAGAGAGAGAGAUAACAAGCGAGAUGCCCAUGGCCUCUAAAAAAUGUCCUGAUGGUCUUUACAAUGUUAGUGUUGAAAUUGAAGAAAGUGAAGCAUUGAAUGAUAGUGUUGGAAGAGGAUUGCUAGGAGAAAUGACGGUAGCCACUGCAGAAGGGGACGGGAUGGAAUUUGAAGAAUACAACAGAGAUUUACUGUAUGGCAUCACUGAGGAAAAUGGAGCAUCUCCAGGAUCAGAUACCUUGUCUAAGGCAUCAGUGAAUACCAGAAUCGAGGAUGUUGGAGGGUCAGUUGGCAAAGAAGUUGCCACUUUUUCACCAGAUAGAAAUGAUAAAGAUAUGCAUCCUCAUGGUGAUAUUACCUCCAGGAAUGAAUUAAAUAGAGAGGUUGUACAUGGCCUGAUGGCGGCACCAUAUUGCCCCUGGAGGAAAUCGAAAGCUUCUUCAAACAGUCCAAAUGGUGGAACAGAUGGUCUAAAGAGGAGAAUGCAGAACGUGUCUCUACAGAAGAAGCCCGAAGCCAAUACUUUGAACACUAAUGUCGAAGCAAAUUCAUCAGUCUCUCCAUCUUCAAAGAAUAAGAGUCCUGUUUCAGAUGAUAGGGAUAAAAUGCAUAGUAAACCAACCUUCAUAGACGAGGGAGAUCAUCAUGCCGGAAGUAAGGGCAUACGUGAAGCCACUCCUAUAUCCAUGUUCAAGGCAGAUGUUGACAGCAGUGAUAAUGAUUCGGUAGAACCUAUUAGAAAGAAUGUUGUUGAUUCUUCUCCAGGAGACAGUGAUCAAGGGAGGAAUUUGCAUAAUGCUUUUGUCUCAAAGGAUGUUGUGGAUAGGGUGGUUGUGCAUGGUUUGAUGGCUGCACCUAAUUGUCCAUGGAAGAAGGAGAAAGCAAUAGUUAACUCAAAUGGAAAGACAAGUGGAGCAAAAAAGAUGAAGCAGAAUUUGUCUUGGCGGCAGAAGUUCAUGGCCGUUGCCAUAAAAAGUAAACCUGAAAUGAAAUCUCCAGGUUUGUCUUCUAAGAAGAAAAAGAAAGUUCAUAUGUCCAAUGAUGUAAAUGAGGGACCUGAUGCUUUGGUGCUUGGAGAUGAUGGAGAUCAUGAUGGAGAUUUUGCUACAAAUUCUCCUGUCAGCCGCAACCUAGAAGAAUGUGAAAUAAGCUUCCCUCGAUUUGGUCCCAAGAGUUCUGGUCAUGGUGAUGAUCGCAACAAAGUGAGAGAAACUCUUCGGUUGUUCAAUGCUACCUGUAGAAAGCUCUUGCAACGAGAGGAAGAAGAAGUGGGAAACCUGGUUGAAGGAGAGGAAGGAAGAUCAAAGCAGUCGGGCAGAAAACUCAGAAGGAUUGAUCUAAUAGCUUCACAGGCGCUCAAGACGAAGGGAAAAUAUGUAAAUACAACUAAAAGAAUUGGAGCAGUUCCAGGAGUUGAAGUGGGCGAUGAAUUUCAAUACAGAGUGGAGCUUGCUGUUGUUGGCAUUCACUUCCCAUUCCAGUCUGGCAUAGAUAGUAUGAAGGUAGAUGAACUUCUACUUGCUACCAGUAUUGUUACGUCCGGGGCAUACCAAGACGAUGCCGAGAAUGCUGAUGUUUUAAGAUAUUGUGGGCAAGGAGGAAAUGUCCUCGGGAAGUCUAAACAACCUGAAGAUCAAAAGCUCGAAAGGGGGAAUUUGGCUCUAAAGAAUUGUAUAGAUAAAAAGACACCAGUGCGUGUUGUUCGUGGAUGGAAGGAGAUGGUGCGUAUUGACCCUCUGGAUUCCAAGCCUAAAAUGGUCACUAGUUAUGUUUAUGAUGGCCUAUAUACUGUGACUGAUUGCUGUACAGAAAAAGGGCCACAUGGUAAGCAAGUUUUUAUGUUUGAGUUGAGGAGGAACCCAGGCCAGCCUGAUCUUGCUUGGAAAGAAUUGAAGAAGUCAAGUAAGUCCAAAGUCCGCCCUGGAUUGUGUGUCACUGAUAUUUCUUGUGGAAAAGAACGCAUUCCUAUUUGGGCGGUGAACACUAUAGACGAUGGAAAACCACCUCCAUUCAACUACAUUUCAAAGAUGAUGUACCCUGAUUGGUACAGUCCAAACCCCCCAGAAGGUUGCAAUUGUGUCGGGCUAUGUUCUGUCAGAAAAAAAUGUGCAUGUGCACAUAGAAAUGAUGGAGCAAUCCCAUACAACCGCAAUGGAGCUUUAGUUGAAACUAAGACUCUUGUGUACGAGUGUGGUCCCCAUUGCAAAUGCCCCCCUUCCUGCUACAAUAAGGCCACACAACGAGGCAUCAAGUUUCAGCUUGAGAUCUUCAAGACAGAGGCUAGAGGCUGGGGUGUGAGGGCCCUGUCUUCUAUACCUUCAGGAAGCUUCAUAUGCGAGUACGUAGGAGAACUUCUUGAUGAUGUAGAAGCUGAGGAGAAAAUUGGCAAUGAUGAAUAUCUCUUUGACAUUGGCCAGAAUCUAAUCGAUUCCCCUGCCAAUUCUGAUGACGAAGAAAUGACAGCUGAGCUUAAAGGAGGGGGUUGCACGAUUGAUGCAUUGACGUAUGGGAAUGUUGGGAGGUUCAUUAAUCACAGCUGUGCACCCAACCUUUGGGCGCAAAAUGUGAUUUAUGACAACGAGGAUAAGAGAAUGCCCCACGUGAUGCUUUUCGCAAUGGAGAACAUUCCGCCGCUCCAGGAGCUCACCUAUUCCUACAACUACUCCUUUGGUCAGAUCCGCGACUCUGAUGGAAACGUUAAGGUUAAGAGUUGUUACUGCGGCGCUGCAGGAUGCAGCGGCAGGUUGUACUGAGGUGUUUGUGAUUAUGAUUUUCAUGUCUAUAUCUUUCUUCCAUUUUUAUGUCAGCUGCCAUGUGCAUAUACAAAGCCUAGAGAGUGGCUCCCAAGUUUUCCAAAUGAAUGAAUUGCAACAUUUAUAAAUGCUGACUCUGUAAGCAUCAUAUUGUUUUAUGCAAUUUCUUUGUAUG